AUGUCGGCUCCCUUAGUGAAAAUUAAAACAUUUUUCCAAAAAUGUGACUGUUGGGCCGCCAGACUGUCCUACCAAUAUGUUGGUCUCAGUCUACAGAAUGGAGUCUCCACGCUGCCAGCUUGUAAGGCCGUUUGUGAGAACCUGGCCACUUGUGUCCUCAUAAACCUAGACUCCAGCGUCAGCCCUCCGACAUGCUGGGUGCAGGAAACAGGCGGCCUCAACAACAUCACUAACGACAACUUUCUGCCAAAUGCCGCCGUCACCAGCUUCCAAUUUAAUCGGACCUGUCGCGCCCUCGUAUCCGAGUUGUGUUGGAGCGCCAGUCAGAACACUCGCUACAUCGGACUGACUCAACAGACGACCAUUUCAACGGAGCAAUCGUGCAAGAACUACUGCGCCAGUCUGCCAUUCUGCGUCCUCGUUGACCUCGACUCCAACACCUCACCCUCAACUUGCUGGGUUCAAGCCACGGGGGGUACCAACGAUGUCAAUCAGAACAACUUCAUCCCCACAAACUUCAUCAAUAACUAUCGUUUGAACAGGACUUGUUUGGCGGUUGUUUCACCGAAUGUUACAACAUUAACGACGAGUACAACGACAUCUGGUGGUGUUCCAAGGACCACAUCAGCCGUGGUUACCCCAGGCAACUGCUGGACGGUUAGAAAUCAGACACAAUAUUUCGGCCUGACUCAGCAAAGCAACGUCCUCACGGUGACAGCAUGUUUGGACAUCUGUGCCAGGACCCCUGCUUGCCUCAUCGUCAACUUUGACACUUCCACUGCCCCCUCCACCUGCUGGAUUCAAACAACAAGUGGCCCCCUGGUGCAGAGUAGCUUCCAGGAACAACCCUUUGUAACCAGUUUUAUUCUGGAUAGAAACUGUUUGGCUCAGAUAACAUCGACAACAACAAGUUUAACACAAACGACGACAACUCAAACAUCUCCUCUCCUACUUGCAUGUUGGACCGCCUACAACCGCACACUAUAUAUUGGAUUGGAACAAUCUGGCAUCACAAAUCUAAACGAUUGCCUUCUUCGUUGUCAAACUUUGAGUCAGUGCUUCAUUGCCGAUUUUGAUCUCGCUACCAAUCCACCUUGUUGGCUAAAAACCGAUUCGAGUCCAUUUAAUUCAAGCAACGUUAUUACCGGUGUUGACGGAAUUACGGACUACCGACUGAACAGGUCGUGUUUGUCCAGAGGUGGAUUCUGUUGGAAUCGAUACCCCAACACUAGAUACCUCGGACUUCAAAACGUAAACUACAACACUGUAGACGACUGCAAAAACUAUUGUUUCAGCCAAGCAAAUUGUUUCAUUAUGAAUUUCGACACGUCAACAUCACCCCCCUGCUGGGUUCAAGCCGAUGGAACGUUCGAUCCUCAGAACACAUUGACCAAUCAACCAACAGUGGAUGGUUAUAAGUUGGAACAAAACUGCACGAUUCCAAGCAACAAAUCCAAUCUUUGCUGGUUUGACUAUCCGCAAACAAGAUCUAUCGGGCUAACCAAUGUAAACUAUUACACGCUAGAACAAUGUAGACAGUUCUGUCAGAACUCAGCAGUGUGUUACGUUUUCGAUUACGAUGUUGGCACGACACCUCCUUGCUGGGUACAGACAGAAAUCGGCUUCAAUCCCAAUAACCUGCAAACAAAUGUUCCAUCCGUAACACAUUACAGACUGCAAUUUUGUACUGGAAGCACAUCUACAACAGUGUCCGUACCGAUGACCGUCAUACCAAAGUUGAGAUUCUGUUGGAACACAUACGCACAAUCUCGUUACAUUGGCCUACAACAAGUCAAUUUCUACGACAUCAAAUCCUGCCAGGACUAUUGUUUCAACUUGGCAGCAUGUUACAUAAUGGACUUUGAUACAAAUUCGCAGCCUCCGUGCUGGGUUCAGACUUCUGGAACCUUCGAUUCGAAUUUCGUUAUUACUAAUCAACCAACAGUCACUAAUUUCCGACUGGAGACCUGUCCUAAUGUUACAAGUGAGAGUCUUGUAGCGAAUUUUGUCAUUUUUUCAAAUGCUAAAUAA